UAUAGUAUUAUUUCACUUGUUCAUCAGAAAGUGAAACAAAUACAAUGGCAUUCUUUGGACUAAGUCAAUUGGGAUAUCAAAACACUAUUAGAGAGGGUUCCGCACGGGCGAAAGCAGAUCCACAAAGAGCUAAGACUCAACUUGGUUUCGUGGCGCUUCCUCCAUUACAAGACAAAAAUCCACCGCGCCGAUCUAUCGUUCCUAUUAACCAAGUAUCCGGAUACGGCCCGGGACCCGUAGGAUCGUAUGUUGAGCACACAAGAAUGAGAACGAAGCACGUCAGGAACCCUAAAGAGCCAAUAGAACUGUAUCGUAUCCCACUGACCACUUCCUCACAAUUGGGCUGGUGGAGAACAGACGAGCCCCUCAGAGAGCGUCAGCCUUGGACCUAUGUCAAGAGGAAUGUCUCAGUCAACAGUGAGAUGACAAGAUUUGUAAAUGAGAUGAGCCUUACCAACAGAGAAUUCACGCUGUUCUAAGAAAAAUGACUUCUCCAUCAUGAUAUCUCCUGGAACAGUAAUUUCAAUAAAAGGACCUAGUGAAACCCCACAAAGUCCAGGGACCAUUACAGUAUUCACCAUUUGUGUUAUGGAGUGUGUGUGUGAAAGUCCAGAAAUAUCAAUGGAAAUUGUGUGUAAGGAUAACUGAAGUAGAAAAGUAUGGAAAUUAUUAAGUAUUAUUUUGUUGCAUCUAAACGCCAACAAUAAAAUAGUUCAACAGAAGUUUGUAAUGUAAUGCUUUACCUCUUAUACCUUUCUUAUUCUGAAUUUCCUGUGGCAAAAGUAAAGUAUACUGCUCAACAUUAUCAGAACAAAUUAUUCUUAAAUUAAUCAUUGUGAUGGGGAGUAGAAAAGAAAUUAAUCCUGUUUCAUUAAGUAUAAAAUUUAGAUUUUUUAAACACAUGUACUGACAUUCAGAUUCUUCAUAAUUAUUUAUUAUAAUUUGACCUGUAUAUAUCCAUAGAUAAC